AUGCAGUUCAUUUCAGCUUUGGCUUUGUCCCUUGCGUCGAGAAGAGCGUCUUUUCGCCUCUCUUCUGUCUGUCUGUCUGUCUGUCUGUCUGGUUGCACCACUUGGCAGGUUGAGGCGUCGGUGUCAACACAUCCAAAGCACCGGCCCCGCGUCUCUGUGUCUGUCCGCUCGGCUGUGGCCGGACCGUUUUGCCUUUUUGCGCACGCCUCCGCUGACUGCCGACCCGGUCGCUCCGUCUGUCUAUCGACACGAGUGCGAAGGCUGCUGUUCCUCUCGCCGUCUGGCCGGGCGCGACGGUCGCGGGCCCUUUGCUGUCGGCCGAGCGGGUGGGUGGGCCUGUCGGCGACUCCGGCCCGGCCUCUUGGCAGGGGCGGACAGGUGAGCUGUGGCCGGGGCGAAAUGGACACGCCGGCCAACGGGCAACGGGCGUCGAGCGAUGGCCAACCAGACGGCCGGCAGGUCCGAGGCGACGUCGACCGCGGCGGCCAAUCAGACGAGCCGCGACGCUCAUUUCACUCGCCAGCCCACGCCCGACGCGCCGGAUAG